AUGGCCGAUAUGGUCAAUGGCCUUGAAAGCCUGGAGCCGGCUGGCUACCGGCCAAUAUGGAGCAAUGACACUGGGUAUCCUGGUGAUGUUCCCGAGGACCUUGCUGAUUGGCUUUAUCCUGGGAUUGAGAAAACCACUUGGCUGGUUGGGGACCUCUCAUCCAUGUUCUGGUUAGCCGGGAAACCAGAACUCCAAGUCUUGAUCGACGACCCUGGAUAUACCCUAACCGAUGAGAUUUGUUACAUUCCUCACGGAGGAUCUCUUGCAUGGCUUUUCGAAAGCCUAUAUCAUUUGGGGAAAAUCCCUAGCUUUGUAUAUGCGGAGAUAUACAACAACACCCCUGAUUAUGUGACGCCUUUUUCAGGACGGCAGAUCAUCCCAAACUCGGUUACAAGUCCUAUGACUGUGUACAAUGUUAUCCCGCCAAGUAUCGCUUCGGAGAUUGAGAACCAGUUUGCCUCAUCACUUGGAAGAGGUCUUCUUUUCCAGGGUCUUUCCCGAGUCAUGCUGCAAAGCCUGAUGGCGUUUUUCACACCAGCACUGACGCGUUCAAACAUGAACAAUGAAUUUGGUCCGGGGUUUUAUACAACCCCUAGCCUCGAAUAUGCCCUUGGCUAUGCGGGCCCUCAGGGUGUUAUUUUGGUGUUCAAGGAUGUUGAUUUCAGAAGGCUGAAUUGCCUCGAACCAACAGGUGCGGAUUGGGUGACAAUCACAACUUUUUGGUCCGGUCGCACGACAUCAAAUGUACAUGAACGGGUCCCGCAGAUGUGGGCAACAUCAGAUGUGGUGACAGGACCUGUCUCCACGGCACUUCAAAAUACCAGAGUUCCUGGGGAAGUGACACAAGUGGUGGGAACAAGCCCACCAGCCCUGGCAGCCUUUAUGCGGUCUCUGGCUAUGAUUAUUUGGCUUGAGUAA